CAAUGUAUUGGACUGUACAAGUAUAAGUAAGACUAAGAAUGGUUUCUAUGAGCCUGGUACUGCUCCAGCUACUAUUGAUAUUUUCUGGUGGGAGUCUGGUGUCUGGUUUCUGUCCUAAAGGCUGCUCCUGCAAUGACCAGCAGCUAGUGGUAGAGUGUACUAACACAACAUUAGAUGUUCUCCCCAUCGCUUUAAAUACAAGAAUUCUUCACCUCAAGAUGAAUUUAAACAAAAUAAAUAUUGUCGAUGCAUCUUUUCAGUUUUACGAGCACCUGGAGACAAUUGAUCUGUGUCGGAACCUUAUCUCUAGGAUUGAAGAUAAAAGUUUUGCAGCGCAGAAGAACCUCAAGGUUCUCUUGCUGGAUCAAAACAGAUUAAUAAGAUUGAACAAUCAGGCCUUUACUGGGCUUUGGGCUUUAGAAGAACUUUCAUUGAGGAAUAAUCUGGUGAAUGCACUACCUACAGGAUUACUAGAUGAACUGACCAGUCUCAAGAUCUUGGAUUUAUCCCACAAUAAUAUUCAGACAAUACCAAGCCAAGUCUUUAGACUGUGCAGUAAUCUUUUGAGUCUGAACUUAGGCUUUAAUAAGUUUGAUUCUGUUCCUUCCGAUGCAUUUGAGAACACACGUAAACUAGAGAUGCUAGAUUUAUCCAGUAACCAGCUUAAACUAAUUCAAGAUGGAUCCUUUAAUUUCAUUAGCACACUCAUUUCUCUCAACCUUGCAAAUACUUCAUUAUCCAGCCUGGACAAAGAUUCUCUUUCAAACCUUGUUUUGCUGAAGAACCUGAACCUGAGUGAGAACAAGCUUGAUUCUAUUCCUACCAACCAGCUGAGAAAUCAGAGAAAACUGAAUAUUAUCGACCUCAGUAAUAAUAUGUUCAAAGUUCUAAGCCCACAUGCAUUUAGACAAUUAGAAGCUCUUCAGGUUGUCAAUAUCUCCCACUGCCCUGGGCUGCUACAAAUACAAGCUGCAAGUUUUCACAACAACCUUGAUCUUCAUGUUGUGGAUCUAUCAAACAAUCCUAGACUUUCAGAUAUCCAACCUCACGCCUUUCCUCAAAUCCUUCACAUUCAAACUCUUCUUUUAUCCUACACAGGAUUAACCUCUCUGCACGAGGACGCUAUACCCUGGAAUAGAUUGAUAAAACUAGAUCUAUCUGGUACAAGGAUGGUUUGCUCCUGUCAGCUAGCAUGGUUGACCAGCAGUGGAGAUGUCACCGGUGGAGUAUGUAGCCAACCUAGUCGACUAGCCGGGACUAAUCUCUCACAAAUAACUACGGCAGACCUUGGUUGUGGUUAUCAAUAUUCGGAAGAAGUUAUUGUUGUUGCAAUUGUUUGUGCAGUAGUGCUUGUUCUUGCUCUAGGUGGAGCUGUGACAUGCUGCUUGCUAGGAAAGAAAAUGAGAAACCUGGGACGAAUGAGAAAUCUUGCUCCAUCCUGCACUCUCGCGGCUAGAGAGCAGGAUCUAAAAAGCAGCUACGACAACUGUUUAUACGUUGAGAAAAACUAUGGAUUAGUUGGUUCAGAAAGACCUGGCUUAAUUUACUCUGGGAUGAAAACCGUUCAAGCUCCAGAAAAGGAAGAAUUUAAAAAUCUUCGGGUUGGUUCGUUGGAUAAGCUCCUCAACUCGGACACAUUAGUCUCCAAUAAUCAGUAAAUAGAUAUCUUUCAAACCAGCAAUAGAAUGCAGGUAAAAAUAAAAUUUAGUGACAAUGUUAAUAAAAUUAAAUGACAAUGUAUAAAUAUAUUUGAUUAUUUAAUAGUUUUCCGUGACGGAGUAAAACAGGAGUUAUUAAGGUUUUGAGGGUUUGAUAAUAGAAUAGUUUAAAACAUUUGUUAUCACUUCUUAAAUAUAAACCCGGACUUUUUAGUGGAAUUUAUUAUGGAUUGCAAAGUUAUUUAUGGAUUUGAUCUUUUAUUUAGUAAAACGUUUCACUGUUUAGAUUUUCCUUUGUCGAGGUAGAGGGGUAGAGUUGGAGAAAUUGUUUGGUUUGGAUUUGGGGUUGGUAAAGACGACAUGAUGUGAGGGUGGGGGGGUUAGGAGAUAGGUUUAUGGUCAACAAUGGUAUUAGAAAAUAAGUGUUUGUGGCAAAGACCUAAUUCCUUCAUGUUAAUUGAGCAAUAACAUUAAUCCUUAAAAACAAAUUUUUUCCUUCUUUUAUUUUUAACAUUUAAUUGAGUUUUCAUCGAAUCAGAAUCAUUUAAAACGGAAAUGAGUUUGUGUCACAACUCAAACUUUCUAACCCAUAUUUUUCAACCUGAUACUGUAAACCUUUGAUAUUUCAAUCCAUUUGAAAUUACAGAAUUCAUAGUUUUAAAUAUCAAAGAUCGGAGACACUGGGUUGGAACGAUAUUGGAUCAAAAACCCAAUUCCGAUUUUACAAACUGUUUUUUAUAAGAAUGUCUCUUAUUAUUCUCAUAUUCUCAUCAAGAGUUAACAAUAAAAGCUUCAACUCUCUGUAGAAAUCUAAAAUUUUCUUCAGAUUUGUAAAAUAAGAUAGAUAUUAUUUUUUACUAACACAAAAAUCUGAGCUUACCAAUCUGAGAAAAAAGUCAAGUAUUUCAGAAUGUAACAUUUUUGUUGUAAUAUAUAGAUAUGAUAUUAUUAUUGUUAGUCAACACUGUAUUUUCAUUAAGAAAAGAAUGAUUAAUACUUUUAUCUCCAUUUCAAUUUUCAUGUUCGAAAUCGUAUUUUACAUGCAUGUAGAAACGAAAACAUACAGAUUGAACCCAUCAACUAAACUAAAAUUCAGCCUAAAAGUGCACAACAAAAAAAACUUUAUUUGAACUCUUAUUUUAAAUAAACAAAUGCAAAUGUUUUAACUUACUCGUACGUAUCUAGAAGUUUCAAUAUAUUUUAUGCUAAGGAAUUGAGUCUUUGUCACAUCCCUGAUUUUAUAUUCCCUAUAUAU